AUGGUCUCGCCAGCUUUCGAAGAAAAGGCCAACGCCGUCAAACAGUUGAAAAGCACCCCCUCCAAUGACGACUUGCUCAAGCUGUACGGACUCUUCAAACAGGCCACCGUGGGUGACAACACCACUGCCCGUCCUAGCGCCCUCAACUUCAAGGACAAGUACAAAUGGGACGCGUGGGAGGCCAACAAGGGCAAAAGCCAGGAGGCUGCCGAGCAGGAGUACAUCGCCUUUGUCGAGGAACUACAGUCCAAGGACCAGUGA